AUGGCCAAGUUUAUUUUCUUAUGCUUUUUAUUAGCAAACACUCUUCUAUGUCAUGUUAUGGCUACAAUUACAAAUCAACCUCAAAGUAAUGUCCAAUCAAUUUCAUCACCAUCUUCAAAUGCUCCUUCUCAAAGUCCCUUUAGCCAAAGAGCAAAUGAAGUUGAACCCUCUAUUGGAAGAAAACUUGGUAAGCACCAAUAUAUAUCACCAAGUCCUAGCCCUUUUGAAGGAAGUAUUCUUAGUCAUGAAAAAACUUCUGUUUUGGAUUCUCAAAGUCAUUUUCAUUUGGUGAAACAACAUCAUUCAUUUGAUAAGUCUAUAGCUGGUGGAGGUGUUAUUCUUGGAGGACUUGCUACAACUUUUUUGGUGGUUGUUUAUUGUUAUAUUAGAGCCACUUCAAAGCACAAGUUAGAUACUACUACUACCUAG